AUGACCACCGCCGCCAUGGAGCUUAGGGGCGCAAGGAGAGUGGGAAUGUUAAUCAGCAGCAGCUUUACUAACAUAAACUGUCUAUUUAAAAAUGGAACCACGCAGCUCGCUGCAGAUUAUAAUGACUUGCUUAAACAGUUAUCAUCUCCUAAAAUGACAGUUGUUGGGUGCUACUCGAUAGGAGAGACGAUCGGCGAGGGCACCUAUGGCAAAGUCAAGUUAGGCGUCCAUCAGAUCACUGGCAAACGAGUCGCUAUCAAAAAAAUCAGCAAGCAGCAUGCACCUUUGAUGGCUCGCGAAAUCCACCACCACCGUCAACUACGUCAUCCCAACAUUAUCACCCUAUUUGAAAUCCUCUCCACCGAAUCUGCCAUUUUCAUCGUGUCCGAAUAUUGUCCCAACGGCGAACUCUUUGAUCUCUUGACAGAAUCCGGCCGUUUCUCUGAGCAACGUGCCCAAGCCUUCUUUCGACAGCUUGUAGACGCUAUUCGAUACUGUCACGAACGUAACAUUGUUCAUCGAGAUCUAAAGUUGGAGAACAUUUUGCUGGAUGCUGACCAGAAUGCAAAGAUUUGUGAUUUUGGAUUUGCACGCCAUGCAGACGACAAGCAGUUGCUCGAGACGUUUUGCGGUAGCUUAGCGUACUCUGCUCCCGAAAUAAUCAGUCAAAAGCGAUACACCGGACCAGAAACGGACAUCUGGUCUCUCGGCAUCAUUUUAUAUACAUUGCUUGCUGGAGAACUGCCGUUCGACGAUGACAGUGAAAUUAUGAUGCGACGCAAAAUCAUUGGAUUGGACUACCAAAUGCCAUCCUACUUUUCACCAGAGGCUCAUGAUCUGAUUGAGAACAUUUUAAAGUUGGAUCCAAAGGAGCGAUUGACGAUGGACCAGAUCGUCAACCAUCCAUGGCUGACCAUGAUCAUGGAUGAUGAUGAAGAAGAACAAGACAACGAUGCCAUCGAACAACAACAACAACGAUGA